GGACAGGUUUCAGACACACUGAAGAGAUUCGCUGUGAAAGUCACGUCAUCCAGUGUUAAAGAGCGCAAAGAAAUUCUUGGAGAACUGAAGGAAUGUGUGAAGGGAAAGGAGCUUCCAGAGCCGGCCAUCAAAGGACUGUGCAGACUCUUCUAUCUCACGCUGCACAGAUACAGGGAUGCUGCGUCUCGGCGAGCAUUACUGUCCGUCAUCGAGGUGCUGGUUCAGUCUCAGCCUGAUGUGGUGGCCAGUAAUCUGCCUUCAGGUCUGCUCAGCUGCGGUGUGGUCAGUAGAGGAGCGAUGCCCGGGAAGAGUUCGGCGUCUGGAGCGUGCUGCGCUCUGCCCUGGACCUGUCUGAUCGUCCGCUUCGUCUUUCCUACCGCAGACAAGAGAGAAGGUGCCAACUGGAAGAAACUGGUGGAGGUUCAGAGUUUGCUGCUGGCAGAGGCAGUAGGCGGAGCCUCAGGGAACGCUCUCAAGUCAAUCAACAAACACUUCAACAAGCUGUGGAAGGAGCACCCGGGUCUGGUGGAUCAGUACAUGAGCACUGUGUUGAGUCUGGAUCAGAGUUGUGUGUUUGUUCCUCUGCUGGGGUUGUGUGUUGAUUUCUGCACAGCACAGAAAGACAUCGCCACUGUCAACAAACACAAGGCAGCUCUCCUGGAUCUCUACAUGAAGACGGUGCUGAUGAGUAAAACCAGACCACUUCAGCACAUACUGGAAAAGAGCGGCUCUAUUCUUCGCCACAUGUCUCACGCUGAGUUUAAGGAGCAGCUGCUGCCCACAUUACAGAAAGCUCUUCUGCGCAGCCCUGAGAACUGCAUGCAGACAAUCUCCUCCAUGUUGGCGUCUCUCACUCUGGAUCUGAGUCAGUACGCGCUGGACAUCGGAAAGGGCAUCUCCAGUCAGCUGAAGGCUAAUAACCCAGAGCUGAUGGAGCAGGCGGUGGCGGCGCUGCAGAAUCUGACCCAGCAGUGCAGUGACCCAAGCGCCGUCCAGGACCUCGCCAAACACCUCUUCAACAUCCUCGCAGGCUCAGAGGGGAAGCUGACUGUUGUGGCCCAGAAGAUGAGCGUCCUCUCAGGAAUCAGGAGCUGUAGUCAUCACGCUGUCUCUGGCUCUUCUUCUCAGUCUCUGAGCUCCAGCGUGGCUGUGAUGUUCAUCCCAUACCUGCAGCAGGAAGUCCACGAGGGGACGCUGGUCCAUGCAGUGUCGGUGUUGUCUCAGUGGACGAGCCGCCUGACGCUGGAUGUGCCCUCAGAGUUGAGAGACUGGUUUAAAAAAGCCUUCACCCUGAAGACGUCCACAUCCGCAGUGCGACACGCGUAUCUGCAGGCCAUGAUCGGUGCUUUUAAAGGUGACUCUCUCAGCCAGGCUGUAGACUUCCUGCCUCUGCUCAUUCAGACGGUGGAGAAAGCUGCAGCUCAGAAUACCCAGCAUACACUGCUGUCUGAGGCCGUGGCUGCAUCUGUGCUGCUCUGUCGGCUCUCUGUGCUGGACUCUGUGUCUGAAGCGAAGCUGACGUCCUUCUGGAACCUGAUCCUGGAUGAGAAGAAGCCUUUGUUCACCACUGAGAAGUUCCUCUCUCAGGCCAGUGAAGAAGCCCUUUGCACCGUUCUACUGCUCUGUGAAAGACUGUUCCUGGAUCAGCCACAAAGACUCAACAACAGCAAGUCUCAGAUGUACCAUCAGGCCACAGUGAUGCCGCUGCUGUCCCGUCUGUGGCCCGUACGCAAACGCGCUCAGCAAACAGUGAAGAAGCUCCUGUCCUCGCUGGGUGGAUCCAGUCUGGCCCACGGCCUUCUGGCAGAACUGCGUGUAGUUAUUAACAAACACAAGAUUCUGCCCGCAGACGUGCUGUAUACAGAGACGGGUGAGCUGACUGAGACGGGCCGCUCGUAUGUGUCUCCGCGGGUCCUGCAGGAGGCUUUGAGUGUCAUCUGCUCAGUUGCGGCCCAGUGGAACGCCCCGGAUGAGACAGAGAAACUGGCCCUGGAGAUUCUCAUCGUUACCCAUCAUCCCUCUAUCGUGGCUGUCCGGUCUGAGCUGUGGUCUUCUCUGCUGUCUGCUAUGAAGCUGGACGCUGCUCAAUUCAUCGACAAACACCUGGAAGUGAUUCUACCUCGCCUGCUGGAAGCCAACACAGACAAUCAGGCUGUUCAGAAUGCUGUCGGUUCUCUGUCUCUGCUGUCUCCCAACAAACUGCUGCCGCGGGUCAUGGAUCACGUGACCCAGCGAUUGUCCAAUCCUGCACUGAGUCUGGUGACGCGUCAGGAAUACGCAAUCAUGCAAACUCCAGAGGGAGAACUUUACGACAAGAGCAUCAUUAUGAGUGCACAGCAGGAGAGCACAAAGAAAGGCAACAUGAAGAGAGAGAAUAAAGCGUAUUCCUUCAAAGAGCAGAUCAUUGAACUGGAGCUUCAGGAGGAGAUCAAGAAGAAGAAGGGCAUCAAAGAGGAGAUCCAGCUGACUAGCAAACAGAAGGAGAUGAUGCAGAUCCAGCUGGAGAAAGAGUCUACUAUCCGCAAGCGUCUGCAGGAGCUGGACAUGGAGCUGCUGUGUGCUGUGGGUUUGCUGGAAGCCGCUCUGGCUCGUCGUCCUCCGCUCAUCUGGAUGCACCUUCCAGCACUGGUGCAGGUUCUCCUGCCGCUCCUGCAGUCUCCUCUGGCCGCUUCGUUGAUAAAGCGUGUGUUUCUGCAGAUCGGUGUCACUCUAAUGCCUAAAGAACUGCACCAGCUGGCGGUUCUGGUGGGUCAUGUGACCUUGCGUCUGCUGAAGCCAGAGUGUGAUUUGGAUCCAGCCUGGGCCCAAGAAGACCUGAACACAGCGACACAGCGAACCAUCUCACUGCUGCACCAAAGAGACGGCAAAACAGGAUCAGAUGUGCUGGUGUUGUCGGCUCCAGCGUUCUCCUUCUGUUUCCCGCUGCUGCAGGCUGUGUUGAGUCAGAGCAGCGGAUCCUCAGAGGAGUCUGAGCUCAUGAUGACGCGAGCGCUGCAGGUCAUCAACACACACGCACAGCUGCGGGCGCAGGACGACACCACCGACACCUUCAUAGAUGAGAAUGGCCCAGAGCUGCUGCCGAGGGUCAGUAUGCUGCAGCUGCUGACCAAAGUGAUCGGGACGUCCACUCCUCGCCUUCAGGUUCUGGCGUCCAGCUGUCUGACAGCUCUGUGUGGCAGUGCUGGAGGUCAGGAGGGCUGUGCUCUCGCUGAACAACCUGAGAUCGAUGUUCUGCUGGAGGCUUUACUGUCCUCCUGUUUCUCCGUCAGAGACGCUGCGCUCCGGGGUCUGCUGGAGAUGGAGCUGGCGUUACCCACUGACAGCACUGAUGUCAAUGGCUUGAAGAUGUUGAGGAGGCUCUGGGUGGCCAAGUUUGAUGUGGAGGAGGAGGCCAGGGCUCUGGCGGAGAAACUGUGGCAGGCUCUGUGUCUGGAUCUGGUGCCGGAGCUGUGUCCACUGCUGAUUGAGGAUGUGAUCCAGCAUGAGGAGGCGGUGCGUUCAGCCGGUGCGGAGGCUUUGUCCAGCGCCGUCAGUCAGUAUCAGGAGCAGUCAGCGACUGUCCUCUCACAGCUCACUCAACUCUACCAUCAGAAGCUAUAUAGGCCGCCUCCAGUUCUGGAUGCUCUUGGACGCGUUAUUUCUGAAGCACCUCCUGAUCAAUGGGAGGCCAGGUGUGGCAUUGCUCUUGCGCUGAACAAACUGGCUGAGUACCUGGACGAGAGUCAGGUGACGCCACUCUUCCUGUUCUUUGUGCCGGACGCUCUGAAUGACAGACACCCUGAGGUGCGGCGCUGCAUGCUGGACGCGGCACUGUCUGCUCUUAACACACACGGCAAGGAUAACGUGAGCUCUCUGCUGCCCGUGUUUGAGGAGUUUCUGAAGAACGCACCGCAGGACGCCAGCUAUGACUCUGUGCGGCAGAGUGUCGUCAUCCUCAUGGGCUCGCUGGCCAAACAUCUGGACAAGAGCGACCCCAAAGUCAAACCCAUCGUGGCCAAGCUGAUCACAGCCCUUUCCACUCCCUCACAGCAGGUUCAGGAGUCGGUGGCCAGUUGCCUUCCUCCUCUGGUUCCUGCUAUAAAGGAGGAUGCAGGAGGGAUGGUGCGGAAACUCCUGCAGCUGCUUCUGGAGAGCGACAAGUACGCCGAACGCAAAGGAGCCGCAUACGGACUGGCCGGACUGGUCAAAGGUCUGGGCAUCUUAUCACUCAAACAGCAGGAGAUCAUGACCACCCUGACGGACGCCAUUCAGGACAAGAAGAACUCCAGACGCAGAGAAGGGGCUCUGUUUGCGUUUGAGAUGUUGUGUAACAUGCUGGGGAAGUUAUUCGAGCCAUAUGUGGUUCAUGUCCUCCCUCACUUGCUGCUGUGUUUCGGUGAUGGGAAUCAGUACGUCAGAGAGGCUGCAGAUGACUGUGCUAAGGCUGUGAUGAGGAAUCUGAGCGCUCACGGGGUGAAGCUGGUUCUGCCGUCUCUGCUGGUGGCGCUGGAGGAGGAGUCCUGGAGAACCAAAGCAGGCUCAGUGGAGUUGUUGGGUGCGAUGGCGUACUGCGCUCCUAAACAGCUGUCCUCAUGUCUGCCCAACAUUGUCCCGAAGCUGACAGAGGUUCUGACAGACUCUCAUGUGAAGGUGCAGAAGGCCGGACAGCAGGCGCUUCGACAGAUCGGCUCCGUCAUCCGCAACCCUGAGAUCCUCGCGAUCACCCCGAUCCUGCUGGACGCUCUGACUGACCCGUCUCACAGGACGCAGCACUGCCUGCAGACACUGCUGGACACCAAGUUUGUGCAUUUCAUCGAUGCUCCAUCUCUGGCUCUGAUCAUGCCCAUCGUCCAGAGAGCCUUCCAGGACAGAUCCACCGACACGCGCAAGAUGGCGGCGCAGAUCAUCGGAAACAUGUACUCACUCACUGACCAGAAGGAUCUGUCUCCGUAUUUGCCCAGUGUGAUUCCAGGCCUCAAAGCAUCUCUGCUGGACCCUGUGCCAGAGGUGCGGACGGUGUCAGCGAAGGCUCUGGGUGCGAUGGUGAAGGGAAUGGGUGAGUCCUCCUUUGAGGAUCUGCUGCCGUGGCUGAUGGAGACUCUGGCGUCUGAACAGAGCUCUGUGGAUCGAUCAGGAGCUGCGCAAGGUCUGGCUGAGGUGAUGGCGGCUCUAGGUGUGGAGAAGCUGGAUAAACUGAUGCCAGAUGUGGUUCAGACAGCCAGUAAAGUGGACAUCGCCUCUCACGUCCGAGACGGAUAUAUCAUGAUGUUUAUCUACCUUCCUCUGACCUUCGGGGACAAGUUCACCCCAUAUGUGGGUCCCAUCAUCCCCUGCAUCCUAAAGGCUCUGGCUGAUGAGAACGAGUAUGUUCGAGACACAGCUCUGCGUGCGGGUCAGAGGAUCAUCAGCAUGUACGCAGAGACGGCCAUCGCUCUACUGCUGCCCGAGCUGGAGCAGGGCCUGUUUGAUGACCUCUGGAGGAUCAGAUUCAGCUCUGUGCAGUUGCUAGGAGACCUGCUGUUCCAUAUCUCGGGGGUAACAGGAAAGAUGACAACAGAAACAGCAUCAGAGGAUGACAACUUUGGCACGGCCCAGUCAAAUAAGGCCAUUAUCUCAGCUCUGGGUGCAGAGAGGCGUAACCGUGUGCUGUCUGGACUCUACAUGGGCCGCUCAGACACACAGCUGGUGGUCCGACAGGCGUCUCUUCAUGUGUGGAAGAUUGUGGUGUCAAACACUCCUCGAACCCUCAGAGAAAUCCUGCCCACACUCUUCACGCUGCUGCUGGGCUUCCUGGCCUCCACCUGCCCCGACAAGAGAACGAUCGCCGCUCGAACCCUGGGUGACCUGGUGAGAAAGCUGGGAGAGAAGAUCCUGCCUGAGAUCAUUCCCAUCCUGGAGGACGGUCUGCGUUCAGACAAGAGUGACGAGCGCCAGGGUGUCUGCAUCGGCCUUAGCGAGAUCAUGAAGUCCACCAGCAAAGACGCUGUUCUGGUGUUCUCCGAGUCUCUGGUGCCCACCGUGCGCAAGGCUCUGUGUGACCCGCUGGAGGAGGUUCGAGAAGCGGCUGCUAAAACAUUCGAGCAGCUUCACACCACCAUCGGUCACCAGGCCCUGGACGACAUCCUGCCCGCACUGCUCAAACAACUGGAGGACGAGGAGACGUCAGAGUUUGCUCUGGAUGGACUGAAGCAGGUCAUGGCUGUGAAGAGUCGCUCAGUCCUGCCGUACCUGGUUCCCAAGCUGACGGCUCCUCCGGUGAACACGCGUGUGCUGGCGUUUCUGUCUGCGGUGGCGGGAGAUGCUCUGACGCGGCACCUCGGCGUCAUCCUGCCCGCUCUCCUCUCCUCUCUCAAAGACAAGCUGGGCACAGAGGAGAGUCUGCAGGAACUGAGCAACUGUCAGACGGUGAUUCUGUCAGUGGAGGAUGAAGUGGGUCAGAGGAUCAUCAUUGAAGAUCUGCUGGAGGCGACGCGAGGAGCGGACGCUGGGCUCAGACAGGCCUCAAUCACCAUCCUCAACGGCUAUUUCUCCCGCACACGGCUGGACUACAGCGCUCACACACGCACACUGCUGUCAGGACUCAUGCGUCUCAUGAAUGACCCCAACACUGAGGUGCUGAGCCAGAGCUGGGACACCAUCAACUCCAUUACAAAGAAACUGGAUGCGGGCAGUCAGCUCUCUCUGAUUGAUGACCUGCACAGGGACAUCCGCUCUGCUGCUGCUGAGGUCAAAGGUCAACACUUACCUGGCUUCUGCCUGCCCAAGAAGGGAGUGACCUGCAUUCUCCCUGUGCUGAGGGAAGGUGUGCUGACAGGAAGUCCAGAGCAGAAAGAGGAAGCGGCUCGAGCUUUAGGUGGAGUCAUUAAACUGACCUCAGCGGAGGCUCUGCGGCCGUCAGUGGUCAACAUCACUGGACCGCUCAUCCGAAUCCUGGGAGACCGAUUCGCAUGGAACGUCAAAACUGCUCUUCUGGAGACCCUUACACUACUGCUGGCCAAAGUGGGCAUCGCUCUGAAGCCCUUCCUGCCGCAGCUGCAGACCACCUUCCUAAAGGCGUUGCAGGACUCCAGUCGGGCUGUGAGGCUGCGGGCGGCGGAGGCUCUGGGGCAGCUCGUUUCCAUCCACACCAAAGUAGAUCCACUGUUCACUGAGCAGCUGGCAGCCAUACGCAACGCUGAGGACUCUGGAGUCAGGGAGACGAUGUUGCAGGCCCUGCGAUUUGUCAUUCAGGGAGCAGGAGCCAAGGUGGACCCCGCCAUCAGGAAGAACAUCACCACCACACUGCUGAGCAUGCUGGGACAUGAUGAGGAUGCCACAAGAAUGGCCUCUGCGGGCUGUAUUGGUGAACUCUGUGCCUUUCUAUCAGAAGAGGAGCUGAAGAGUGUCUUACAGCAGCACAUCCUCGCGGAUGUGUCUGGCGUGGACUGGAUGGUUCGUCAUGGGCGUAGUUUGGCUCUGUCUAUCGCCGUGAAGUCUGCUCCUGCUCAGCUGUGUGUGGAUGAGUACAACUCCUCUGUGCUGGAGGCCGUCUUGUCCAGCGCCACCGCUGACAGAAUCCCCAUCGCCUGCAGUGGAAUCAGAGCCAUGGGUUUCCUGAUGAGACACCAGCUCCGCACUGGAGGCUCAGAGAGUGUAUCGCCCCGCAUCAUCACACAGUUCAUCAAGUGUCUCCAAAACCAGUCGAGUGACAUUCGUCUGGUGGCAGAGCGGGUGUUGUGGUGGGUCUGGAAGGAGGACGAGACCCCCAUUCUGGAGCCCAGUCUGGUCAAACCGCUCAUCAAAGCACUGCUGGACAACACCAAAGACAAGAACACCAGCGUCCGAGCGCAGAGCGAACACACACUCGUCAGCCUGCUGAGACUGCGGCGCGGAGAACACAACAUGCAGAGCAUCAGUGCCAUCCUGGACUCGGCCAGUAAUGACCUGCUGUCCGAAUGUUACCGCAGAUCCUUGAAGAAGAUCUCCAGCCUUCCAGACUCCAAUGAAGAGAUCGAUGAUACCAUCCUCACGUGAUCACACACAAACAAACCUGGCAGCGUAUUUAUUGUGCUGAGCCCCUCGCCAUCUAAAAGAACCCUACAGUUUCCUUAAUUGGCUGAUUAUUUGUGAUUGAAGAGCUCAUCUGCACUAAACAGAUCACUCAGUUUUUAUUCCUCUUCAUAAGUCAUGUUGUUUUAUUGUGCAUUGAUUGGGACUUGAUUAUGAAAAUGGCUUAAACUGAGUGAUCUGUUUUCUGCAAAUGAACUCUGUCAUUGUAUAUUUUUCGUUUGGCUUUCUUCUGGAAGAUGAAGUGUUCAUUUGUGCCAAUUGUUUUCCAACACUGAUGUUCGGAUGCCCUUUUUUAUUUGGUUUGGACGGUGAGUUUAUUCGGUUGUGUGUGUGUUUGUGUGUGUGUGUGUGAAAGACGCGUGAGCCUUUAUCAACCCAGAGGACGACAUGCUGAUUCUGCGGUCACUAAUAAUGGCUGGAUGAAUAAAUAGAAAAUGAAAACCUUGAUUUAAUAAACGGUUUGACUUGAGGAA